UCCUAGAUCCUAGAUGUGGACUCUAGUAUUACCUUGGUAUGGAAAUAGGCUCUUUCGAAGAGCCAGCUUGCUGUGCUGAGGCAGUCGAAAAUGUGCUGAGGCAGUUGAAAAACCAGCUUGAUGUGGACGUGUCUGUAAGAGUCCCGGAGAACAUGGGAUGUGAACUGCAGCCAGCGGUAGGAUACAAGAGCUGGGAAAUGUACUGGUGGUCUAUUCGGUUUAAGUUCCGCUUAACCACCACAGUAGCAGCUCCAUGUACAGGCCUGAGAGCACACCUACGUCAAAGUGACCCUGAACAGUUAUGUGCCCACCCGAAACCAACAGAAGGGAUUGGCUUCCACAGUGUCAGUGCCAACCAGGCUGUAGGGUCAGAAAUUCUUUACAGUGUCCUAUGGGCGCUACCCCAACUGGGGCCUUCCUAUGCAGCGCCUACCAAGGUGAUGAAGAUGGCAUCCACAAUAGCCAGGUCGGGACUUUGCCAGAACUUGAACCGACUCCAGCAUGUUCGUCCCUCGUACAUAAUUGAAAGCAAAUUACACUUGAUUGGUGAGUGUGAUGUUAUGGAGUUAUCAGCAGGGGAAGUCAUCGACCUGUUGUUUGAAGAGGUUGCAAGCCACUGUGCUGCCAUGGGGUCAGAGAUCCACAUGGCAGAAGGGAUCGAGGGGGAAGAUCUCAGUGUGAAAUGGCCCGAGCUUGAGAGGAACGAUCAGGGCUCUGCGGAUAACCAUGUCACUACGACAACCCCUAGCAGCGUCGCUGGCUGUGGCCAGGUGGAGACAAAGAAGACAGGUGUAGACGUGCCGUUGGCAGGUUUUCUUUGUCAGGAUCACCUUCUGAAACUCUCAUUCUUUUUCAAUAAGAACUUGGAUCGGGCAUUGCAGAUUCUGGACGCUGGAGGUGUAGAGUGGGUGAAAGGGGUGCCGAGUGGUCGUUCGGUUUUCAGGAUCUGGGGAGUGAAAGCCAAGGGGGUUGUGCGCGAUCAUCUUUGCUUCCCAUUGUCGUAUUGUACUUGUGAGUCGUUCUUCUAUGACGUUGUGGCACGCACAAACUACAUACAGGAGCUAAUGGUGAAAAGCUAUGACAUGAUCUGCAUAAAACUGCCGCUGGCGGAGUCGUCAGAGCCUGGUCAAAAGCAUGUGGACAUAGCGUCAGCAGCUGUCGAUUCGGGCUGGGUGGAGGAGUGUGAGGAGGAAACAAAAUGCCCCAUUUUUGUGUCGACAAACUCGAAGACGGCAGAUAUCCUGCUCGUGGUUCUGUGCAGCGGUGGGAAAGUGCAAGCAGGCCAGUGGUCGCGGAAGUUAUGCAUGUUGGACAGCUUGAACAAAGGUACUGUGCUUCCAUACCUUGAUUGGGCCUACACUCUGGGGAUGGGAGUUGUCGUAUUGAAUCCCAAUGUGAACUAUGUCAGGCACGAAAAAGGCAUGUAUGAAAAGAUACCAAACAACUCGACUCCGGAGGAGCACGUGUUGUGCGUAUGGGACCAGGUGAUCCAGAACCUGGGUGCGAGACACAUUGUGAUCCUCGCGCAUUCCUUCGGUGGUGUUCUUCUCGGUGGCCUUCUGCGCAACAGGUGCAAGGAGGUCUUGCAGCGCGUCCGGUGUGUCGCACUCGCUGAUUCUGUGCAUGGGUUUUGGAAGCCGCAGGAUUUGCCAGAGAAGGCAAGGUUCUUCUUUGUGGAACACUGUGCCAAUUGGGUGGCGAGUAAAAAACCUCUGGGGACGAUAUUGGCAGAACCAGCCAUUUUGCCGGAAGAUGUGGGCAAGAAACUGCCCCUUUUCCAUGUCAAAGAGUUCUUCCGGCACGCAAAGCCAUCAGUAAAAUCCAGCAAAUUCUUGUUAGGGUAUCCACGACACCACCUUACGUGUGGGAUGUGGCAUGGGGGGAAGCACAGCUCACAUGGGUGCUUCAUGAUUCCGCACAGUAAUAAGGUUCACAAUAAGAGGGGUAUCGACAUGGAAGGUGGACACUCCAAGAUCGUGCGUGCUUUUCAACGAUUGAAAGUGGGUUUCAGAAAAGCUGACGCCUUUGGGAAUGCGGAGAAAGAAGGCCACCGUAAUCUUGAUGACGACUGGGACAAUUGUGUCCCAUUUGAUAGUAAUGGAACAGACAGGAGGAAGCAGCAGCAGGUAGUCCCACAUGUCAACCUCCGCAACCAUGUGCUAGAAACUGAGUCCUGCUGCGACUGUGUCUGCCUCUCAGCUGGUUCCACCGUGCACGAGGAAACCGCAAUGAGAGAUGCAGACGUGGUGGUAGUGGGCAUUGAUUUGGCCAUGAUGGCAGUGGCAGCUGUGGUGGUAGUCGAUAUUGUGCCAGCCAAUGCUUCUGUCAUGAUGGCAUUGAUGACAUUGAUGAAGUGCUGCAGUGCCGCCGGUGAUAUCGGUGCAGUUCCAACAGGAGUGGGUGAUAAUAUCCUGUAUGUGCAGAACGAUCAGUAUUGUGACUCAUUGGUAAGAUGCAUCUACUGUGACUGAAUGAUUUGACCGGCGUCAAAUCAACGAGCGAAUCUGCCCGGUUCGUGUCAGGAGAAGAGAAGAAUUGCGCAUCAAUGGUAUGAUGGAAUUGCCACCGUGCACGAUAACAGAAGACAGGUCCGCCAUGUGACUUGUCUGAAGGUAGAUAUAUGCUGUGAGAGGAUGACUUCAUCUGCGCCUCUGUAUAGCAAGACCCAGCAAGGCGACUGGUAUGAGAACUGGUCCACCAUUGGCUGACCUAUCCCAGUCGUCUCGUACUAGUUAUGGGUUCUCUCCGUUCUCUUCAAAUCACCAAGAUUGCACUCCUUUUCAGUUCUCUUCAAGUCACCAAGAUCGAUGGCGGCCAGGUGACUAAUAUUGUAAUAAUUUGGCCAGUUGUGUGUGUCAAUCUUGUGUCGGCUGAUCUAUGAUGCCAAGCUUAAAUAUACGUUCAUAAUACUUCGUAUCAACUGUGAUUCCGGCUCCUGCUUGGGUGCGUGCUGCCUCCAGAUCGCUCUCGAGCCAGCAGCUGUAUUCUGCAUACCAAGGCCCUUCAGUUUCGGCCCUGAUGGACUGGGCCGCAAGCAGAGAACAUUGAGCGUGGAAUGGUGAUAUGAAUGCACUCUUCAAAUGGUCUUCAAAUGGGAUAGGUACAAGUUUUCUUGACCCUCUGCACAGAUCGGACCAAUAAUACUGCCUGAACCUGGCUUGGAGGUUAGGUUUUUUAUUUUUCUCAGUGAGUUAUAUGUAAUGAACCCAGUCUGGAGGAAACUGGGGCCCACUCUGCUCUGCUGGCGAGCCGCGCAUCGAGAUACAAGAUAACUGAGCGCUGAUUCGCUGAAUAAUGCCUCCAAUAAUCAUGAAAUGCGAUCUGUGAUACGUCGUCUCGUAACCAGUGGACGAAAGAGGAGAGGGGGAGAAUAGACGUAGAGGGUGGAAGAGAAAGUAUGCAUCAAUGCCCAACAGGGCAUCUUAGAGCAAGUUAUUACAUAUAGAUAAACUUGUUGCUGCUAAUGGCCCCUUGUUGUUCUCUUCAAUGUGCGGGCGAGCACAAGUGGGGCCCCAACUUGUCCGAGGGCCACUAUUUUGCCACUCGGCAAAGGUGUACUAGUGGUUUAAGGCUAUACGGGUUUUAUGUGGAUGCGAUGUCAGGGUGCUUACACUGGGCAUCUCAGUCCACUCACUCAAGCUCAACUCACGCUGAAGAUUAUCGGGCAAUACAUCCGGGAAGUGCCUGCCCAACUCAAGCUGAAGGGAAUACAUUGGCUCUGUGGAAGCAUGCGAUCAAAACCAAAAAGUGGGUGCAGAUUAUGCACAUCCCAGGCAAGUUGGCUCUGCCCGUAUACAGUUCCGUGUGGGUGAUUUACCAGUGGGUGAGACGAUCUUGGCUUCGAGGCGAUGGUCCGUAAAAUUUUGGCACUAAACGAGGGUUACCCCAAGGCGCAGAACGGGCAUCGACCAGGCUUGGCGUAACCAUUCGUCUUGUUUGUUGAAACUGAUGCAUGCGACUGAUGCCAGGUGGCAGGAAAUCGAGUGAAAUCUGAAACUGACAGUUUGGGAGUUUGAAUUUUGGGAAAGAAGGUAGCUAGCUUGUAACGAGAAUGACAAGGGCGCAGUUAUCGGCCUUGACAAGGGCGCAGUUAUUGGCCUAUAUACGCCCACCACCUAUUGCAGCUCAUGCAGCACGUACUGUGAUCAGUUGUCGGGAGAGGAGUGGACAUGAGUCAGGCGGGCUCAGCAUGGCGUGAAACUGGCAAACCUGGGUUAUCAGCUUGGUUUGUGAAUAUUUGUGAGUGAAAAUGGUUAUAGAAAUUCAGGAAGGGUCGGGUCUACCAGCAAAAUAUCGGACUGAACGUGAAAAGGACUGCAAUCAAGUGGCCCCGGGAUCGAGAAGUGGCGCAACGCUACAGGUGGACAGAUUUUCUUUGGACAUUCAUGUGACGCAAUAUAUAUGUUGAACGAUUUCUGAACCGAUGAACUUCUCUCUCUAGUAAAAGAAGACUAGUACG